CUCGUAUGGCUAAAACAAAUUAAAAUAAGUAGUUGGGCGAAAAUGUGCGAACUGCGAAGCUUAUUAAUUUUCAUACUUUCUCCCGAAACAGAUACCUGAUGGCGAUUCGAUAAUGAUUAUCUGCGCAAGUGGCAACCCUCCGAGAUUUGGAUCCGUGUUUGUAACCUUUUGUGGUGCCCCAAUGCCCAAAUACAUUUUUACUACAGCAAUGCGCUAGAUCAGCCACGAAUUAAGAAUACGAUAAUUUUGGUACUACUGUAAUUUUUGUUGUUGAAAUUCCUUAUUUUAAAUUUCAGAUUUGGUUUUCCUUUUCUGCUUCCCAUAGUCGAAAGGCUGUAGUUAAACCCCAGAGAGAGGGAAGCUUUAAGGCGACGUAUCGAAAGGUCCGUGUGACAAGCAUCUCUCGAGAAUGAGCUUGAACGAGUUCGCCCAAGAGCAAGCCUUCGAAGAAACUCCAGAUGAAUCCUUCGGCCUGGAACACGUGGAAUCAGCGGAGAAGGCUCAUCUGAAUAAUCCCCUUGGGCUUAGUGAUCGGGACGUUCAACUGGAUCUCGAUGAGUACUCUCAAGAAGACGUGGGCAACGGUACAGAGUUGCCAGAUCCCGAAAACGGAACCGGACAGACAAGCAAUGGUAGCCCCGCGGAAAACAACGACGACGAGCCAGACGAGUCGGGAACGAGCAAGAACAUGCCUAAUGCGGAGGAUCUUUUUGGGAGUGAUCACUCUGAUGAUGAAGGUAACGCUGCUGGUCCCUCUGCUUCCGAGCAAACUAAAGAACACGGCGAGCGGCGAAAAGCGGAUGAUGAUGACGAUAAUGCCAGCCACACGGGCAGCAUUAAGUCCGACCCCGGAGAUGAUAAGAUGACCGAUUUCGAUAUCAUGAUGAAGAAGAAAUCAGAAGAGCGGCGUCGAACACACAGGCGAAAGAAACGCCAGGAUGUGGAUUUAAUUAACGAUCAUGACGAACGGAUUACGGAAAUCAUUACGGAAAUGAAGGCAGCAGCGGAUACGGACCGGAAGGCCAAUGCGCGCGGCGAAUGUGCGACGAAGAAGAUCACGAUGCUACCUCGCAUUAUGAACAUCUUACGCAAGCAAGACUUGCAGACCGCUUUUCUGGAUUGCGGUAUUCUGUCUCCACUUGCCGAUUGGUUGGCGCCACUUCCGGACGGUAAUCUGACACACCUCAAGAUUCGCGAAUCGAUUCUGAAGAUCCUUGAAGAUAUGUCAUCCAUUUCCCCCGAGCAGCUUAAAAACAGUGGUAUUGGUAAAGCCGUUAUGCUACUGUAUAAACAUCCGAAAGAGCUUAAGGAAAACCGGACUAGAGCGGGCAAAUUGAUACAGGAAUGGUCUCGUCCAAUUUUUGGAACUAGUACAAAUUAUCGCUCAAUGUCUCGCGAAGAACGGAUGGAGCGUGACGUGGAGUUGCUUUCCAAACGUCGUCUCAGCAUGGACGAACAGUCGGACAGCGAUGACGAAGGCGGUCCUUCUACUCCGAACAACCAGAAGAAGCGUCGCAGUACUGCAGAAACCCCCGAAGAUGAUCCGAAUAAAAAUGUUCCUCGCGCCAGAGUCCCUCAGCCAUCCUUGAGAGAUUACGUUAUCCGUCCGCAAUCGAAAAUCUCUAUGGAAUCGGCGGAAGGCACACGUCGCUCUUCGUCCGGGGCGAAGCCUCAAAAUCGGUUCGAGAAGCGUAUUCGGGGCAUGAAAGAGCAACAGCGAAGCACCUCGAAGAGAUCGGCUGGACAUCUCAGCCUCGAAGGACGCAAAAUGUGAUCGAAUAUGGACAAAGAUCGCACUUCCAUGUAAAGGAGUUUAGCGACCCAUGAGAAAGUUUUUCAAGCGGUGUUAAAGGAGCUCGAUAUUCUUAACCGGGCUGUUAAUGUUGUUCUGCUUCCGCUUUCGAAAUGCUAUAGUCGCUAUUAUUAUAAACUGGGUAAUUUGAGUUUUUAUAGGGAUGUCUUCACUUCGUACAUAUCAUCUCAUUGAUCUGGUGGUUACCAUAACUUAUUUGAUUAGUGUGGACAGGUAUACCGGGCUCCUGGGAAAUUUGUUGUUUUAUUCUGCGUUUUGGUGUGUGAUCUUGAAUCUUGAUGCUUUUUACACUGAUGCGACUAAGAAAAUAAGCAAAGCACUUAA